GGGAGAGCGGACAUAGUGAAUGCGGGGUCCGGGGAGAGCGGACAUAGUGAAUGCGGGGCUCCGGGGAGAGCGGACAUAGUGAAACGGGGCUCCGGGGAGAGCGGAUAUAGUGAAAUGCGGGCUCCGGGGAGAGCGGACAUAGUGAACGCGGGCUCCGGGGAGAGCGGACAUAGUGAACGCGGGCUCCGGGGAGAGCGGACAUAGUGAAACGCGGGGUCGGGGGGGAGACCAGACAUAGUGAACGCGGGGUCCGGGGAGAGCAGACAUAGUGAAUGCGGGCUCCGGGGAGAGCGGACAUAGUGAACGCGGGGUCCGGGGAGA